GUGGGUCUGGCUUCAUGUCCCCCAAAUAGGUCUGUCUAAAUCCUGAGCUGGCCUGGCCUGACCCCACUUAGCUUGAGAGAACUGCCAGAAUCUCAGCUGGGGGCAGAAGUACUGCAGGCUACAAUUACAGAGCCAGUUCCCAGCACUUUGGAAACUGCACAUAGGAGAGGAAAGCAAUGGGCUGCUGUUGCUUCCAUGUCAUUUGGUAUUGUUUACCCAGCCUUUGGCCAGGGCCCCACUGGCAGACAGCUCCCUUUGUUAUCAGGCUAGAAGAUGGGGCCAUGUGCCCACUUGGCUCAAAUCAAGUCCUGAGUCUGUUUAAUGACCUGGUCCCAGCAGACACAGUGAAGAUGGCAGGGAAGAAAGGGAGGGGUUUGAUCUCGCUGUGUAUAUGUGCAGCUAACCAUGUAUGUAGAUACUUGUGUUUGCCUGGUGAACCCUGCCUUAAGGUUAAUCCAGCUGUGUGUGUUCAGCUAGGUAAGUGUGUAGAUGUGUGCAUUUGCCUGGUGACUUCCCUCCCCCAGGGAACUCACGUUCUGCCCCCCUCCCCUAGUUGUGUGUAUAGAUGCAUCCAUUUGCCUGGUGAUUCCCCCUGGAAUCCCUAUUCUGGAGCACACCUCCAAGGCUGCCCAAAAUGAUUUGAGCGAAGUAUGGGCUAGUAGCCAGCAGGGCUAAUUGGUUCUGUAACAAUCUCAGGUGCACAAGCCUUCACCAACACAGCCUUUGAUGGCUAGGGGAGGGCUCUGUCAGGGCAGAUGGCUCAGUCAGCUAGGAGAUUAUCUGCAGCUGUUGCCACAGGAAUCACAGGGCCCUGCUUCCUAGCACCUGGAAGCUGGGCGCUGAUGCCCUCUGAAUCAUCCCAUCCAGGCUACUGAAGAGGCUGCAGAUGGAGGCAGGAAGUCAGUUUUGCUGAGCUGAUCAUGACUGUCUUAAGGUGCGUGCUGCCUGCUGGGCUGGCAGGACUCCAGGAGAAGAGAUGGGGUGCUGGACAUAGCUGGUUGCAGUAACCCUUCACUGGCUGCCGUCAUCGCUCGCUCUUUGAGGAUCAGAUGAGAUAACAGGCUACCAAAUACGCUCUUUGGAAAAGCAACUCUAAGCCAGGGUGGGGAGGAGAUUAGAAGUCACAGGACUCGGAGCUGGACACCAGGCUUCCCCCGCCAAACUGGCAGUGGCAGGGGAUUGGUGUUCCCAGAACGGAAGGCAGUGGGUGCCUUCAGGAAGGCUGAUGGAUGGCGAUGCAUGCUGUGGCCCGCAGUGCCAUGCCAUCCCCUCCCAGCUACUAUGACGCAGUGCAUGAUGGGUGUGGGCUACCAGAUGCCCCUUCCCAUGAUGGGCGGUACCAUCAGAUGAGCCCUGAGCAGGAGCCCCCUGCGCUCAAGAGGCGCGGCGGUGUGGUGGACCACCGGGAUGUCAUCAUGGCACAUCAAGCCCACAAGAUUCACAGCACCCCCCAGGCCCAACGGAAGGAAUGGGAGAUGGCUCGGUUUGGAGAUGAGAUGCCGGCCCGCUACGGGGCUGGAGGCGUCGGGGGAGCUGGCUCCGGGGGAGCAGCAGGCGGUGGAGGCAGCCGGGGUGCAGGGGGUGGCCGCCAGGGCGGGCCCCCUGGGGCACAGAGGAUGUACAAGCAGUCGAUGGCCCAGCGAGCCCGCACCAUGGCUCUCUACAACCCCAUCCCCGUCCGGCAGAACUGCCUGACGGUCAACCGGUCCCUCUUCCUCUUCAGCGAGGAUAACGUGGUGAGGAAAUACGCCAAAAAGAUCACCGAAUGGCCUCCUUUUGAAUAUAUGAUCUUAGCUACCAUCAUAGCCAACUGCAUCGUCCUGGCUUUGGAGCAGCACCUGCCCGAUGAAGACAAAACCCCCAUGUCGGAGCGGUUGGAUGACACGGAACCAUAUUUCAUCGGCAUCUUUUGUUUUGAGGCUGGGAUUAAGAUCAUUGCUCUGGGGUUUGCCUUCCACAAAGGCUCCUACCUAAGAAACGGCUGGAACGUCAUGGACUUCGUGGUCGUUCUUACAGGCAUACUCGCAAAAGUCGGUUCUGAGUUCGACCUGCGGACGCUGAGGGCUGUUCGUGUGCUCCGGCCACUCAAGCUGGUCUCUGGGAUCCCAAGUUUACAAGUGGUCCUGAAGUCCAUCAUGAAGGCGAUGAUACCUCUCCUCCAGAUUGGCCUCCUUUUGUUUUUUGCAAUCCUUAUUUUUGCAAUCAUAGGAUUAGAAUUUUAUAUGGGGAAAUUUCACACCACCUGCUUUGACUCGGUGACAGGUGAGAUCAAGGACCGGGUUCCGUGUGGCAUGGACGAGCCAGCCCGCACCUGCCCCAAUGGGACCCGUUGCUCCAAGUACUGGGAAGGCCCCAACUAUGGGAUCACCCAGUUUGACAACAUCCUCUUCGCUGUGCUGACGGUCUUCCAGUGUAUCACCAUGGAAGGGUGGACCGACCUCCUUUAUAAUAGCAACGAUGCCUCAGGGAACACUUGGAACUGGCUGUACUUCAUCCCCCUCAUCAUCAUUGGCUCCUUUUUUAUGCUGAACCUUGUGCUGGGGGUGCUGUCCGGGGAAUUUGCCAAAGAGAGGGAGCGUGUGGAGAACCGCCGAGCCUUCCUCAAGCUGAGACGGCAGCAGCAGAUUGAACGGGAGCUCAAUGGCUACAUGGAAUGGAUUUCCAAAGCAGAAGAAGUGAUCCUAGCAGAGGACGAGACAGAGGGAGAGCAGAGGCACCCCUUUGAUGCUCUGCAGAGAGCUGCCAUCAAGAAGAGCAAGACUGACCUGCUGAACCCCGAGGAAGCAGAUGAUCAGCUAGCCGACAUUGCCUCCGUCGGUUCGCCCUUCGCCAGAGCCAGCAUUAAAAGUGCCAAGCUGGAGAACUCCACCUUCUUUCACAAAAGGGAGAGGAGGAUGCGUUUCUACAUCCGCCGCAUGGUCAAAACUCAGGCCUUUUACUGGACCGUCCUCAGUCUAGUAGCACUCAACACCCUGUGUGUUGCUGUAGUACACUACAGCCAGCCAGAUUGGCUAUCAGACUUCCUCUACUAUGCAGAAUUCAUUUUCUUAGGACUCUUUAUGUCCGAAAUGUUUAUAAAAAUGUAUGGGCUCGGAACGCGGCCUUACUUUCACUCCUCCUUCAAUUGCUUCGAUUGUGCCGUCAUCAUUGGCAGCAUUUUCGAGGUGGUCUGGGCGGUCAUGAAGCCCGGCACGUCGUUCGGGAUCAGUGUGUUACGAGCUCUCAGGUUAUUGCGUAUUUUCAAAGUCACCAAGUACUGGGCUUCCCUGAGGAACCUGGUUGUGUCUCUCCUCAACUCCAUGAAGUCCAUCAUCAGCUUGCUCUUCCUCCUCUUCCUCUUCAUCGUCGUCUUUGCCCUUUUGGGGAUGCAGCUUUUUGGGGGCCAGUUCAAUUUUGACACUGGGACUCCAGCCACCAACUUCGACACCUUCCCAGCAGCAAUAAUGACUGUGUUUCAGAUCCUGACGGGUGAAGACUGGAACAUGGUGAUGUAUGAUGGCAUUAAAUCUCAGGGUGGCGUGAAGCGAGGGAUGGUGUUCUCGGUCUAUUUCAUUGUCCUGACCUUGUUUGGUAACUACACCCUGCUGAAUGUGUUCUUGGCUAUCGCCGUCGAUAACCUGGCCAAUGCGCAGGAACUCACCAAGGAUGAGCAAGAGGAGGAGGAAGCAGCCACGCAGAAGCUGGCACUGCAGAAAGCCAAGGAGGUGGCCGAAGUGAGCCCCUUGUCUGCAGCCAGUAUGUCCAUUGCCGUGAAAGAACAGCAGAAGAACCAGAAGUCCUCUAAGUCAGUGUGGGAGCAGCGGACAAGUGAGAUGCGCAAACACAACUUGCUGGCCAGCCGUGAGGCCUUGUACAAUGAGCUGGAUCCUGAGGAACGCUGGAAGGUGUCCUAUGCCCGCCCCUCCCGCCCCGACAUCAAGACCCACCUGGACCGGCCACUGGUGGUGGACCCCCAGGAGAACCGCAACAACAACACCAACAAGACACGGCCCAGCGACCCUCCUUUGGAGCCCCGCUUUGGGCCUCCGCAAGCUGAGGACUUCCUGCGCAAGCCACCCCGCUACCACGACCGGCCCCGGGACCCUGGCAGUGGUCGCACCUACCCACCACCUGAGUCGGGGGUACCAGAGCUGCGGCGGCCCCACAGUGGGAGCCGCGAGAUGGAGCCACCUGUCGAGGAGCGGAGCUAUCAUGAGGCCGACCCUGAGCGGCUAAAGGCAGCCGAGCCCCCCCGGCGGCACCCACACCACCAGGCUGGUGGCAAGGAGAGCCGUGGUGGGUCACCCCGAGAUGGUGACCGGGAGCACCGGAGGCACCGGGGGCACCGUCGGGCAGGCGAGGAUGGGGGUGGCACUGAUGAGGGGCCCAAGUCUGAGAGGCGCCCACGGCACCGGCCUGGGGAAGGCGAGAUGCCAGAUGGCGAGAGACGGCGGCGGCACCGCCAUGCUGCCCAGUCCACAUAUGAUGGCGAUGGCAAGCGGGAGGACAAGGAGAGGCGGCACCGGCGUCGGAAAGAGAACCAGGGCCCUGUCCCAGUGCACGGCCCUCACCUGUCCACCACGCGGCCCAUCCAGCAGGACAUGGGGCGCCCAGAGCCACCAGUGGCCGAGGACAUUGAUAACAUGAAGAACAACAAGCUGGCCACCACGGAGACUUCCAACCCCCAUCCCCAGAGCCCCACCAAGCUGGGCAACCAUGCUAACUGCACCCCCAGCCGGGCCCCUGAUGCCCUGGGCCAGCUGCCUCCCAACUCCCAGAAUGUUGCCAACCGCUGGGCUCCUGACAACCCAAGUCAGCCCUCCAACCCCCGGCCCCCCAAGACUCCCGAGAACAGUCUCAUCGUCACCAACCCUGGCCCCCAGAACAACCCAACCAAGACAGCCAAGAAGCCUGAAUACACAGCUGUGGAGAUCCCCACCACCUUUCCGCCACCCAUCCACAACACUGUGGUUCAAGUGAACAAAAAUGCCAACCCUGAACCACUGCCCAAGAAGGAUGAGGAGAAGAAAGAGGAGGAGGCCGAUGACCAGGAGGAGAACAGACCCAAGCCCAUGGUGCCCUACAGCUCCAUGUUCAUCCUCUCCACCACCAACCCCUUCCGCCGCCUGUGCCAUUACAUUGUGAACCUGCGCUACUUCGAGAUGUGCAUUCUCAUGGUCAUUGCUAUGAGCAGUAUCGCCCUGGCUGCUGAGGACCCUGUGCAGCCCAACGCCCCCCGCAACAACGUCCUGCGCUACUUUGACUAUGUCUUCACGGGCGUCUUCACCUUUGAGAUGGUCAUUAAGAUGGUCGACCUGGGGCUGGUUCUCCAUCAAGGUGCCUACUUCCGGGACCUGUGGAAUAUCCUGGACUUCAUAGUAGUCAGUGGUGCCCUUGUGGCCUUUGCCUUCACCAGUGGCAGCAAAGGGAAGGACAUCAACACCAUCAAAUCCCUCCGUGUUCUCCGUGUCCUUCGGCCCCUCAAAACAAUUAAGCGGCUGCCCAAGCUCAAGGCUGUCUUCGACUGUGUGGUGAACUCCCUGAAGAACGUACUCAACAUCCUCAUCGUCUACAUGCUCUUCAUGUUCAUCUUCGCUGUGGUGGCUGUGCAGCUCUUCAAGGGCAAGUUCUUCUACUGCACCGAUGAGUCCAAGGAGUUUGAGAAUGACUGCAGAGGCGAGUACCUGGUCUACGAGAAAGAUGAAGUGAAGGCAGAGAAGCGGGAGUGGAAGAAGUACGAGUUCCACUACGACAACGUGCUGUGGGCACUCCUUACCCUCUUCACCGUCUCCACAGGAGAAGGCUGGCCUCAAGUCCUCAAGCACUCAGUGGAUGCCACAUAUGAGAACCAGGGCCCCAGCCCUGGAUAUCGCAUGGAGAUGUCCAUUUUCUACGUGGUUUACUUUGUGGUCUUCCCCUUCUUCUUUGUCAACAUUUUUGUGGCUUUGAUCAUCAUCACAUUCCAGGAGCAGGGAGACAAGAUGAUGGAGGAAUACAGCCUGGAGAAGAAUGAGAGAGCCUGCAUUGACUUUGCCAUCAGUGCCAAGCCCCUGACACGCCACAUGCCCCAGAACAAGCAGAGCUUCCAGUACCGCAUGUGGCAAUUUGUGGUAUCCCCACCCUUUGAGUACACCAUCAUGGCCAUGAUUGCCCUCAACACUGUUGUCCUCAUGAUGAAGUUCUAUGGAGCCUCAGACGCCUACGAGAAUGUACUCAAGAUGUUCAACAAUGUCUUCACUUCACUCUUCUCCCUCGAGUGCUUGCUGAAGAUCAUGGCUUUCGGGGUGCUGAAUUAUUUCCGUGAUGCCUGGAAUAUCUUUGAUUUUGUCACAGUGCUGGGUAGCAUCACAGACAUCUUAGUGACGGAGUUCGGGAACAACUUCAUCAACCUGAGCUUCCUGCGGCUGUUCCGUGCUGCCCGCCUCAUCAAGUUGCUGCGCCAGGGCUACACCAUCCGCAUCCUGCUCUGGACCUUCGUGCAGUCCUUCAAGGCCCUGCCCUACGUCUGCCUGCUGAUCGCCAUGCUUUUCUUCAUCUAUGCCAUCAUUGGCAUGCAGGUGUUCGGGAACAUUGGCAUCGAUGACAAGGACGAUGAGUCAGCCAUCACGGAGCACAACAACUUCCGCACCUUCUUCCAGGCCCUCAUGCUGCUCUUCAGGAGUGCCACAGGCGAGGGUUGGCAGGAGAUCAUGCUAUCCUGCCUGAGCGGAAAGCCAUGUGAUGAGAACUCGGGCAUCAUGGAGCACGAAUGUGGCAAUGAGUUCGCCUACUUCUACUUUGUCUCCUUCAUCUUCCUCUGCUCCUUCCUGAUGCUGAACCUGUUUGUAGCUGUGAUCAUGGAUAACUUUGAGUACCUGACCCGCGACUCCUCCAUCCUGGGUCCCCACCACCUGGACGAGUAUGUACGUGUGUGGGCCGAGUAUGACCCUGCCGCCUGGGGCCGGCUGACUUUCACCGACAUGUAUGAGAUGCUGAGACACAUGUCCCCGCCCCUGGGGUUAGGGAAGAAAUGCCCACCCCGGGUUGCUUAUAAGAGGCUGCUGCGGAUGGACCUGCCAGUGGCUGAUGACAACACGGUGCACUUCAACUCCACCCUCAUGGCCCUGAUCCGCACAGCUCUGGACAUCAAGAUUGCCAAAGGAGGUGCAGACAAGCAGCAGAUGGAUGCAGAGCUGCGCAAGGAGAUGAUGGCCAUCUGGCCCAACCUGUCCCAGAAGACCCUGGACCUCCUUGUCACCCCCCACAAAUCUACAGAUCUGACAGUGGGGAAGAUCUAUGCGGCCAUGAUGAUCAUGGAGUAUUAUCGGCAGAGCAAAGCCAAGAAGCUGCAGGCCAUGCGGGAGGAGCAGAAUCGGACACCACUGAUGUUCCAGCGCAUGGAGCCGCCAUCUCCCGGCCAGGAGGGGGGUCCUGGGCAGGAUGCACUACCACCCCCUCCCCUCGACCAAGGAGGAGGCUUGGGGCACGAGGGCGGCAUGAAGGAGAGCCAGUCUUGGGUGACGCAGCGUGCCCAGGAGAUGUUCCAGAAGACAGGCACCUGGAGCCCUGAGCGUGCCCGCCCCGAUGAUCUGCCCAAUAGCCGGCCCAGCUCCCAGUCGGUGGAGAUGCGGGAAAUUGGCAAGGACGGCUACUCAGACAGCGAUCACUACCCCCCCAUGCAGGGGCAUGGCCGAGCUGCCUCCAUGCCACGGCUGCCUGCCGAGAACCAGCGGAGGAAGGUGCGGCCCCGAGGAAAUAAUCUCAGUACUAUCCCAGAUGUCAGCCCCAUGAAGCGUUCGGCCUCAGUGCUGGGGCAUCCACGGGCCCGGGGUAUCCGCCUGGAUGACUACUCAUUGGAGCGCGUCCCCCCUGAUGACGCACAGCGCCAUCACCUGCGCCGCAGGGACCGGGACCGGGACCGUGCCCACCGUGCUUCUGACCGCUCACUGGGCCGCUACGCAGAUGCUGAUGCAGGCCUGGGCACGGACCUGAGCAUGACACCGCCGUCGGGUGAACUACCCCUGAAGGAGCGUGAUGGGGAGCGUGGACGCCCCAAGGACCGGCGACAUCACCACCACCAUCACCACCAUCACCACCGGCACGAGGAUGGGCGGCCUCGCGACCGUGACCGCGACCGCCGCUGGUCCCGUUCCCCCAGUGAGGCCCGCGACCACCCCCCGCCCCGCCAGGGCAGUAGUUCGGUCAGUGGCAGCCCCGUCCUGUCCACAUCGGGGACCAGCACCCCACGACGGGGGCGCCGCCAGCUGCCCCAGACCCCUGCCACACCCCGUCCACACGUGUCCUACUCACCUGUGGUGCGGAAAGCUGCCCCCCCGGUGCCUCGCCGCCACCCCGACCCAGCACCCGAGAGACCCACAGCGGCCUCACCGCGCAGCUAUCGCCACGCCAGCAGCCGGUGGCAGCCCCCUGACGCCCCCCCUGGUGCCCAUCACAGCUAUUACCGUGGCCCCGAGUUCAACGAGACCCCCCAUGGCACCCCCAGGACUUGCCGGGCCACGGCCUCGCCCUCACGCCACGGCCGGCGCCUGCCCAACGGCUACUAUCACAGUCAAGGUCACGGCCACGGCCCCCCGAAGGCCCGGCCGGCCGGGUCCCGCCAUGGCCUGCAUGAACCCUACAGCGAGACUGACGAAGACGACUGCUGCUAGCGGGGGAGCUGGGGGCGGGGCGCCCUGCACAUGCUCCCACAAUGCAUCUACACGCAUGCACCGGGUGAGGGGGGGGGGCUGGGAGUCCACACUGUGCCCUGGGGGCAGGCAUGGAGGGGCAUCAUGGGACACGUGGUAGGGAUGGGCCAACUCGGGGUGGGAGAAGUGGGGAAGGGAAUCGGGUGCCCUCCAAACCCCCCCAGGGGGAAGCUUGGAGCCAUGACCUGGAGGAUAGAGGCCUGGAGAAAUCCCGUAUCCCUCCAGCUUCUGCCCUCAGCUUCUGCCCCAAGGGGGAUCUUGGAGCCAUGACCUGGAGCACGGAGAAUUCCCCUAUGCCCCCCGCUUCUGCCUCAAGGAGGAGUCUUGGAGAAGUGACCUGGAGCCCUGGCGAAUUCCCCUACCCCUCCAGCCUCUGCCCCAGGAGGGGGGGCCUUGGCACCCCAAUUUGGAGGAUAGGAGGCCUGGAGAAUUCCCCUCCUACUCCAGCCUUCCUCCUCAUGAUGGGGCCUUGGAGCCACAGAUGGAGCCCUGGAGCAGCUCCCCCAAGCAGGACCGUGACAAAAGAACGGGGGAAAAAGACAAAAAAAAAACUCUGCUUUUUUCCCCACUGUCCCCCCUGAGCUUCUAUUGAUGAGUUUUAUCAUCUCAACCUGCAGCAGGGACAGCGCCUGUGAGCCCAUGUCCCCUGCCCCUGCCCCUUUACAUGCCUACACACACACACACACACACACACACACACCAAAGGCCUGACACAUGGAGAGGAGUGCUUGCUGGUUAUACCAAACCCUUACUAUUACUGCCUGCAGAGAUAAAGAAGAAAAAAAACACCCCCCCCCCAACAGACAAAAAAACCCCCAACAACUUCCCAGCUACAGAAACACCAGUAUUUUUUUUCUCUUCCUGCCUGAAACCAACCAACAGAAACAAAAGACUCCCAACCCCAGACUCAGAAAAAAGCCGUCAAAAAAAAAAAAUAUAUAUACAUAUGGAGCCGGCCUGGCGGGUUCUAUCUUUUUUUUUUCCCUACAUUGUUUGAGAGAAAAAAAAAAAAAAGCCCCCCCGAAAAAAGAAAAGAACCAGAGACGGACAUAACCCAACAAACCAUGGGCUCGGGACUGAGACGCAUUGCAUGAAAAAUAAUGAGAAAAAAAAAACAGAGUUAAAAAGACACAGAAAAAAAUAAUAAAAACCCCACAAAAAACCUACAAAAAAAUCCCACCCCCCCCAAUUAAAAAAUAUGAGAAUUUUUUUUUGA